UCUAUGCACCAAUCCUUUUUUCCUCUCUAUAAAAGCUCUACAAACUUUGGUAAGUUGUUUAAUAAAUCAAUUAAAAAAUUCAAUUCAUAAGAAACAAUGAUACGAUGCCACGAAACACAAGAAGAAGGAGAUUGGUCUCAUGAAGAUCAUCAAAUAUCUAUUUCGCAAGCACUUCAUCAAUGUAUCGCUACUCUUGUUGGUAACACAUCCUCUUACAUUUCAUCUCUAACCCUUGCAGGAAAGAGACUUUACACAGGCUCCAACGACGGAGUUGUAAGAUUAUGGAAUGCAAGCACGUUGGAAACAUUAGCCGAAGCGACAAGCAACGGCGAUGUAAUAACAGGAGAAAGAGGAGACGGAGGAGCAGUGAAGUCUUUGGUAAUCUUGGCUGACAAACUCUUCACAGCACAUCAAGAUCAGAAGAUACGUGUCUGGAAGAUAAACGACGUCGUUGAAGGAGCAGAAGCUAGUAAUAAAAAAUACAUGCAUAUAGCAACGAUGCCAACGAUGAGUGACCGUUUGGCAAAGUGUUUGAUGCCUAACAACCAAGUCCAAAUAAGGAGGCACAAGAAAGCCUCUUGGGUUCACCAUGUAAACGCGGUUUCCGGUUUAGCCUUGUCAAGAGAUGGAACACUACUUUAUUCUGUCUCAUGGGACCGGACGCUCAAGAUCUGGCGAACCACAGAUUUUAAAUGCCUAGAGUCCAUUACAGACGCCCACGACGAUGCAAUCAAUGCUGUUGAACUGUCCGAGAAUGGAGAUAUAUACACGGGAUCUUCUGACCGGAAAAUUAAAGUGUGGAGGAAGAACCUCGAUGAGGAGAAAAAGAAAAGGAAGAAUCAUUAUUUGGUUGCAACAUUGUCAGACCAUGAUUCGGGUAUUAACGCGUUGGCAUUAACCAGUUACAAUCUUUUGUAUUCGGGUGGAUCUGACGGAUCAAUAUUGGUGUGGGAAAGAAACGACGAAGGUGGAGACAUUGCUGUUAUUGGGGUGCUGAGAGGUCACAUGGAGUCUGUUCUUUGCCUUGCUGUUGUUUCAGAUAUAGUCUGUAGUGGCUCUGCAGAUAAGACAGUGAGGCUGUGGAAAUGUUCUUCUACGGAUUAUUCGUGCUUAGCUGUGCUGGAGGGGCAUGGAGGACCGGUUAAAUGCUUAACUGGAGCCAUUCGUGAUUCCGGUACACAAUCUGAGGCUUCUUAUCACAUUUACAGUGGAGGACUUGACUCUCAAGUUAAGGUUUGGCAGAUUUUGGUACCAACCUUGUAAAAAAGUUUUUAAAUAAAUUAAGUUGGAUGGGAUACAAAAUAUGUGUCUUUUUUUAGUAAUUUGUUUCCUCUGUUGAUAUAUGUUGAUCCGAUUUCUUGA